AUGGCGGACGCCGACGCCGACGCCGACGUCUGCGCCAUCUGCCUCGGCGCCAUGGUCCGCGGCCAGGCCGGCUUCACGGCCGAGUGCUCCCACGCCUUCCACCUCCGCUGCAUCUCCGCCAGCGUCGCGCACGGCAACCACGACUGCCCGCUCUGCAAGGCGCCCUGGACCGUCCUCCCCGCCGUCAACGCCCCACUCGCACCGCCAUCGUCGUCUUCGUCGUCGUCCCAGCAGCUGGUGCGACGCGCGUACCAGGACGACGAGCCGACCGUCCCGGCACAGGCCGCGGCGGAAAACAACGGCGGAUCAGGAGCCGCGGCGGUGGUCCUCAGGACGCACUGCGAGGUCCCGGCCCUGGCCAGGGGCGCGGCCCGCGAGAACUUCGCCGUGCUCGUGCACGCCAAGGCGCCGUCCUCCGAGGCGGCGCGCGCGUCGCUUGACCUGGUGACCGUGCUCGACGUCAGCGGCAGCAUGGCCGGCAGCAAGCUGGCUCUGCUCAAGCGGGCCAUGGGGUUCGUCAUGGACAACCUCGGCCCGGCCGACCGCCUCUCCGUCGUGUCCUUCUCCAACAACGCCAGCCGCCUGAUCCGGCUCGCGCGCAUGUCCGACGCGGGGAAGGCCGCGGCGAAGCAGGCCGUGGAGUCCCUCUUCACGAACGGCGGCACGAACAUCGGCGAGGGCCUACGUGUGGCUGCCGAUGUGCUUGACUGCCGACGGCACAUGAACGCCGUCGCCAGUAUCAUGCUUCUCUCCGAUGGGCAGGACACGUACAACGGCGCCGACUACAUCACCCUGGUGCCACCUUCUCUCAGGGGGUACAACGGCGCGGGAGUCCGGCCUCCGGCGGUUCACACGUUCGGCUUCGGCACGGACCACGACGCCGCGGCCAUGCACACCAUCGCGGAGGCCACCGGCGGCACGUUUUCCUUCAUCCAGAACCAGGCGAUCGUCCAGGACGCGUUCGCGCAGUGCAUCGGCGGCCUCCUCACGGUCGUCGUGCAGGAGGCGCGCAUCGCGGUGACAUGCUUGCACCCCGGCGUGCGCGUCCGGGAGGUCAAGUCCGGCCGCUACGACAGCCACGUGGACGCCGAUGGCCGUGCUUCCUCGGUGGACGUGGGCGAGCUCUACGCCGACGAGGAGAGGCGCUUCUUGCUACUCAUGGACGUGCCAACGGCCGAGGACGCUGAAGAAGUCACCGGCCUGCUCAAGGUGAGCUGCACGUACCAGGAUGCGGCGACCGGGCAGGCGGCCACCGUCGACGGAGACGACGCGGUUGUCCAGAGGCCCGUCGAGGCGACCGAGGUGGAGCCGUCCAUGGAGGUGGAGCGCGAGCGCCUCCGGGUGGCGGCAACCGAGGACAUGGCGGCGGCACGCGAGGCGGCUGAUCGCGGAGAACAUGCCGAGGGCGGACGGAUACUACGAAGGCGGCUGGGGGCUAUGAAGGGCUCGGCGCGCGCUCACAAGGACCUCGACUGCGAGGAGCUGGAGGACGAAAUGCACGACUUCAUCGGUCUCGUGGAAGACAGGCAGCAGUACCAAAAGUUUGGGCACGCGCGCAUCCUGUCGGGCAUGAGCUCGCACCGGAAUCAGCGCGCCGCCACGCUGGGGAAGCCGCCUGGUGGCCGUGGCGGCCGCGGGCGGGGGGCGGCUUACGCGACUCCAGCAAUGAAGAAGAUGGUGGACAAGUCACGCGAGCAGCGGCAGACCGCAGCGGCGCCGGCACCACAGCCGAAGAGGAAGCAUGGCAGAGGGCAGCAGCCAGACUCCAAGAGCGGCACGGGCAAACGUCACAAAAAACAUUAAAUUGCCGCUGCCAUAUGAAAAUGGGUGAAACAUGCUAGUUACUACUACUAUUUAGAUUUAUUUUGUUGCAGGUUAGCUUAUAUCCUGAGGAGUUAAUUCAUAUUAGUGAUAUGCCUUUUUUUUCGAACAAUAUUAUGCAACAGUUUUAAUACUUGUCAGUUUUUUGUAGUAUUGAAAAAAGAAUAUAGUGCG